AUGUCGAAUCGAUACACGAAGAACCCAUCGACCCGAAACUCAAAGUCACCAGAUCUUGAUCUCUACGUGAAAGGAAUCUCAUUUCAUCUACACAAAACUUUAGCUACGAAAUCGGCAAAAGUGACAACAUUACAUGAGGUGGGCGUUGGAUCUUCAGAGACUUGGAAAUCGACUCGAGAACCUUCGAGCUCGUGGCUAGAUUCUGCAGUAAGGUUCUUGGAGCAACAAGUUCUUACAAGCUGGAACGAGACCGUGAAAGCUCUUCGUAAAAGAGAGACUGAGAAUCUUGAAUGUGUUGCUCAUUGCGCGGAGAAGAAGAUCAAAGAGACGAAGAUAAGUGGAUGGAGAGAAGUGAAGAGGAAGUUUGGUUGUAUGACUUCUUUGACUGUGGAUGCUUGCAAUUGUCAUGUCAAGAAGAGGAAGAAGUUUCAUCAUUACAAAUAA